GAAUAAACCCUUUUCCUCAAAGCACUAGCAUUUGCAAACACAACCAUCACCUCUCCUUUUCCAUACAAACUACCAUCCAUUUAAACUCUAAUACAACAGAAAGAUGAGUGUGGAAAUUUUGGAUGGUGCCACCAUUGUGAACUUCCUUCAGGAUGAAGAAGCCUUUAGUGUGUCAGUACGUAACAGGUUUGCUCACCUAGACACAGACAAUGAUGGGCUUCUCUCGUAUGCAGAGAUGUUGAAGGAGCUCCAAAGCCUGAGGGUAUUGGAAACUCAUUUCGGUAUUGAUGUGGAGCCAAACCCAGAUGAGCUUGCUCGUGUUUAUAAAUCCUUGUUCAUACAAUUCGAUCACAACUUGAAUGGCACGAUUGAUCUUGACGAAUUCAAGAAGGAAACCAAGCAGAUGAUGCUUGCCAUGGCAGAUGGAUUGGGUUUCUUACCAGUUCAGAUGCUCUUGGAAGAAGACAGCAUCCUCAAGAAAGCUGUUGAAAGGGAGUGCAAUAAAGUGGCUGCUUAAGUACUACUUUACUCAACCUUGUGAUUGACAAAGUUCUGCUAGUAUUGUAAUAUUUUAAUGCCCUGUUUGUUAUUAUUGAUUCCAGUAAAAUGUCUUAAAGCUGUUUUUUGUUUUGAAUUCCUUAUGAAUACUUGAAGUAAACUAUUUUAAUCUGA